UAACAUGGAAUCAGCAAUGUUGCCGUUUCUAGCGUAUUUCGCUUAAAAUAUUAUAUUUAAAGCAACCAUUUUAGAUUUUAAAGACUCCUCCUGCCUCAAAUCAUACGUAAACUCGCUGCCCGGACAUUUCUUGGUCAUUAAUGGUGAAACAGUGAUGUCCCGACUCGUCAAGAAGUCUCCUUCUGUUUGCACGGAUCUGCCGUUGGACAACACUGACGUCUGUAACAAGCUCCGUUUAAUGAAACAGCUUCUUACAUCUUGUUAUGGUCCAACUGGGAGACUUAAACAGCUUCAUAACAACAUUGGAGGACACGUUAUAACUACCUCAACAUCCUCGCUUCUUCUUCCAGCCAUCUCCUCCUCACAGCCUUUAAUCAACCUGAUAAAAAGCUCCAUCCUCAACCAUGUUUCUCGUUUCAGUGACUGCGGUUUGUUCGCUGCCAUUCUCUGUCUGACUCUGAUUGAGGAAGCAAAGAAGUCUGGUCUGAGAAGAAAUGUGGUAAUCAGAGUGAACAAACACCUCCUGGAUUUGUGCACCAGCUACCUAAAAGAAGAAGACUGUGGCUGUAAAGUGACUCUUGAUUUCUGCAGCAGCCUGAAUUUGAUCACUUUAGCUCACAGUGUUAUCUCCAGUAAACCUGCGUGUGUGUUCACAGAAGCAGAGGCAGAACACAUCAGCAGGCUGGCCGUGCAGGCUUUUCUACUGACGGUUCCCUGUAGCAGCCCUGGUACGGUCAGACUUGGAAGAAUAGUGACUGUUGGUACUGAAGGGCAUCCUGUGUUGAACUCUGCAGUGUUUCCAGGUUUACUGCUGGAAAUGCAUGAUGUGUUUGGCCUCAAAAUAAUCGAAAAUAUGCAAUCAAUUCCCCUUCGAGUGGUCCUGCUUAGUGCAUCUCUUGCUGGAGACCUUUCUGAACUUGGAGAUGGGGUAAUUGAAGUGCACCCAAGUGUUGACACAGACUCGCAGAUCCUGGAUCAGCUCCUGGAGCUAUGCAAGCAUGUGAUAAAAGAUGAGGUGAAGGUCUUUGUGUGUCAGAAAGUCAUCCACCCGGUCCUACAGCAGUAUCUGAGGAGUCAGGGGGUCAUAGUGAUAGAGAGAGUGGGGAUCAAUCUCAUGGAGCCGCUCAUUCAGCUGACAGGUGCUCAACCUGUGGCCUCAUUAUACACCAUAAUCCCAGCCAGGGCUUAUGGGACAGUGAAGGACGUCAACAUUAAGCAGUUUGGAUCAAAGAAGAUGCUGCAUUUACAGUCUUCUGGAGAGUCUGCGAUCUGUACGAUGAUCCUCUGCCACAGAAAUGAGACGAUGCUAAGCGAGCUAAAGGUGGUGUGCCAGCAGACAGAGCAUGUGUUGAGACUCACUCUGAAGGAGCCCUCUGUCUUACUUGGAGGAGGAUGUACUGAGACCCACUUAGCUGCUUACAUCAGGAAUAAGAUCAUGAAUGAAAUCGCAGAGACUGUUACCUCUCUGGGAUGCUCACAGACAGAGUACCUUCUCAGCGUGGACGGAUUCUGUCGCUCUCUGGAGUCUGUGGCUGCAGCGUUGCAACACGACGGGGAGAACUCUCUAAUAGAUCUGACUCAUGCUCACCGCUGGAUCCUUCCUGCAGACGUCAUGACAGAAAACAUGGAAGAAAACUUCUCCUUCUGCAGCUGUGGACUGGUGAAAAGUAGCCCCAACAUGAAGUGGACUCAUCUGAACACAAAAUACCCACAAUUCUCUCCUGCAGCUGCGCUUAAAGAGAGAACUGUGCAGCCUUGUGUACUUGACUCCUUCAUGGCUAAACUCAACGCGCUGCAGGUGGCUAUAGAAACUGCAAAUCUUGUGCUGGAUGUACAAUAUGUGAUUCAAGAUACAAACUAGCAGAACAAGGUUUUUUGAAGUAAACCCCAUAAUUUUUUUUAUUAUGGACAUUCUAAGUAAUGUCUUUUUUCUUUAAUAUUUAUUUUAGGGCUUUUUGCUUUAUUGAAGGAGGAUAGUGGAUAGUGGAAUGACAUACAGCAAUAGAAAACAAGACCCCAACCCGGGCCUUAAACUCUGACGACAGCAGCCUUUGCACACAGGAUGCACAGACACAUAACCACUAGGUUAUUAUCACCCAUCACUGUCAUUUUUACUCUAAUUUAUUCUUACUGGUGAUAUUUAAAAAAAAAUUAAGUUUGUGUUUAGUCUUUCCAGAUGAUGUUGGUGUUUGCACUGAUUCUUUUGCACAAAUUAAUCAAGUUCUUUCCAUUUCAGUUGCACUGAAGGCCAUCUUUAUUAAGUUUAUCAAUUGUAAUUAUAAGUUUGGACUCUAGAUGUCACUAUUGUGCUUCACUGAAAAUGUCAUUGUCACAUUGGUAGACAAGUAUUAACAGGGUUUGUAUCUGAAAAAAAUCAUUACAAAGUCAAAUAUUUCAA